GUUUACAACGCUCGUUGAAUUUACAGCGCCGUCCCUGAAAGUUUCGAGGCCAUGCAAGUAGCCUACUCUGCAGUAGUUUGGAUACCGAAGGAAGUGACGGGACUGAAUGAGAAAAAGAGAGAAAAAAUACGAGGAUAAAAACAGAAAGCAGAAUACGAAGUAACGUGCUGUGUUACGGUCAAGAGAGCGUGUGUGGUUUACUACAUCGCGUAUGAUUCUGAUAUGCAUGGAAGUCGGGCUGGGUAAAGUUUUGGAAUGGUUACAAAGUAGCUGUGAAAUGAAAAGCCGAGAUUGAGGUUUUAAUCGAGGUGGGUUUACCUACGCGUAUGGUGUCGCGUUAAUGUUCGUACAAAAUACAUCACUCACGUCAUGAAUUCUAGUUUAAAGGUAUGGAAGACGAACAAUUGCUUGGAUUUCAUAAUUUUUUUUUUUACAAAGAAUAAAUAGCAGAAGGGCUAUCUGAAACGGAAAUGCAACUAAAUAAUUAGCUAGUGAUAUUGAAUAGAGACCGUUGGAUUUCACCUGGACUUAUUUUUCCUCUGUCAAGUUCAGUUCUGCGUCUUCUGGAAUGUUUGGGAGUUGUGUUCUACCGGUUUCAGCUCGGAUAAAUGCAUUUCUCUGGGCACUAAUAUUUUUAACAACGUUUGGACUUUGUUCAGAGCUGAAGGUUCGAGUUCGUUUAGCUGAUGGACAAAUCACAGAGGAAGUUCUAGAAGCAGACAGUGAAAAAGACUCCAUCACACUUGAGUUCAAACAGGGAGAUGGAACUCUCAUAACAUUUGUCGCUGACUUCAAACAGGAUGUGAAGAUUUUCCGGGCGCUCAUCCUUGGGGAGUUGGAGAGGGGCCAGAGUCAGUACCAGGCCCUGUGCUUCAUCUCGCGCCUCAACCACAACGAGUUCAUCCCCAGCGAGUCCAUGGCCCGACUCAGACAGAAAAACCCUCACGCCAUCCGCAUGGCGGAGGAGAGGCGUGGUCACGACCAGCUGACCAUGAACGUGGCGCUGAACCUGAGCCGGGCGUGGCAGCUCAGCAGCCACAUCUACAACAUGUGCAGCGAGGCCCGGGAGGCCAUCUACACCCGGGAGAGGGACGUCCAACAUUGGCUGGAGAGAGGAGUGGAGGGCUCCAUGUUUGAGACCCUGCCCCAGACGGUGGACGUGGUCCCGGUCCUGCUGUCGUGCCGCUCUACGAGAGACGUGUGGCAGCCCUGCUCCUGCAGCUUCAGCCUGCGCCUGGAGUGGUACCCCUGCCUGCUCAAGUACUGCCGCAACCGCGACACCACAGGCAAAGGCAGCCCCUACAAGUGUGGCAUCAAAAGCUGCAGCAAAGGCUACCACUUCACCUACUAUGUCCCACACAAACAGCUCUGUCUCUGGGAUGAGGAGACUUAGCAGUACACUAGCCGUGUGGUCAGACUCYUCCCCCCCCCCCCC